CCCACCGGCAGCGGUAGCCCGCAGCUGGAAUCAGCCGCCGCCCGGGCCGCGCCGGGAGAGGCAGGCGGGGCGGGGCCGGGCGCGACGGGAAGGGGAGGACGCGCCCGCCGGGCUGCAGCCGCCGCCGCGCACCGAGCGCCGCGAUGGGGCUGGAGACUGAGAAAGCAGACGUCCAGCUCUUCAUGGACGACGAUGCCUACAGCCACCACAGCGGCGUCGACUACGCGGACCUGGAUAAGUUCGCGGACUCGGGCUCCGACCGGGAUCCCCACCGGCUCAACUCGCAUCUCAAGGUGGGCUUCGAGGAUGUGAUUGCAGAGCCGGUGUCUACACACUCCUCUGACAAAGUGUGGAUUUGCAGCAAUGCCCUCUUUGAAAUCAGCAAAUACGUGAUCUAUAAGUUCCUGACGUUGUUCCUGGCUAUCCCCAUGGCCUUCGCUGCAGGAAUUCUCUUUGCCACCCUCAGCUGUCUGCACAUCUGGAUUAUAAUGCCUUUUGUAAAGACCUGCCUAAUGGUCCUGCCUUCGGUACAGACAAUAUGGAAGAGUGUAACAGAUGUUGUCAUUGCCCCAUUGUGCACAAGUGUAGGACGCAGCUUCUCUUCUGUCAGCCUGCAACUGAGUCAUGACUGAACACUGGGACCCCAGGUCUGGAGUUCUGUAUACUGUAAUACUUCUUGGUUGUUAUAAUGUAAAAGCACUACUGUUCUGUUCUAAGCAUUCCCAACUGUUCUAAUUAAGAAAAUUUUUAAGAUUGGCAACCACAUUUAGAAAUGUUUAUUGGCAGAUCUUUUCAAAUAAUGCCUUUCUAAUUAAUAGUCAAGGAUUUCACUUCUAACUUUAGAGCCAGAAUUAUACAGUGGGUUGGCAACACUUAAUUUUAAAGGCAGUUUUUACUUUAGUACAAAAGUACACAUUUUAUAAUGAUGAAUUCAUAAAGAUCAAGGGACAUUUCUCAAACACUAUAAUAGUUCUGUGCACAACUGCUUGUAAAAUUAUGGAAUUUCUUAUUUUUUUACUCUGAAAGUAAUACUUUUAAAAUUACCUUUGCAGAUAAAGUCAUGGGAAUACUUACAAAAAAGAUAUACAAAGAUCCUAGAAAUUAUAGUAACAAAAGCAUGCAGUGAUGAUAGGCGCUAUCAAAUAUAAUAGGACAAAUAAAUGUGAAAAUAGAUAAUGAACGUGUGUACCUUUAAAUAAGAUAUUGUUAACCUACAGGUCUAUUUAAUAAGAUGUUUCAUUGUACUGUAUAUUUUGUACUUAAUGUAAAUGUUGCUCUAAUCAGAUUGCUUUUAAGUACUUUUAUUAUAUUAUCUUGUUGAACUAAUAUAUAGAAUGAGUAAAUGUCUCUUUCAUGGGGAACUUCAUUGGUGAGAUUGCACUGUCUUGAUUAUGUAAGCAUAUAUAUAUCUUCUUUGGGAAUAGAAUGUAAAAGAGUGAUAUACAAGGUUUUUCUUUCUAACUUUUCCAAGCAAAAUCCUGAAAUGUUUUAUGACUGAGCUUUUUCUGGCUGUGACCUUAAAAUUAAUCCAAAUCUAAUUGGUAUUUCAUCUUGGAGAUGCUUUUGCUCUUGUAGUUAGAAAUUAAACUUGUGGGGCACCUGGGUGGCUCAGUCAGCUGGGUGUCUGCCUUUGGCUCGGGUCAUUAUCCCGGAGUCUGGGGAUUGAGCCCCGCAUGAGGCUCCCUGCUCAGUGGGGUGUCUGCUUCUCCUUCUGCCUCUGCCCCUUCCCCUGCUUGCGUUCUCUCUCUCUCUCUUUCUCUCUCUCAGAUAAAUAAAAUCUUUAAAAAGAAAAAAACAAAAAAAGAAAUUAAACUUUUAUUGCAUUCCUGUUAAUGUCUCACUUUACCUUCAAGUAAUACUGGUGCUAUUUAAUAACAUUUUACAUAAAGGCUAUUUCUGACACUUAAGUAUUAUUUCAACUACAGUGAUUCAUGGAGAGAGACUUACAGGAAAGUUGUCAAUUUUUUGGGCCCAUGCUAUUGAGCUACUAUACAUAUAUAUAUAUAUAUGUAUAUAUAUAUGUAAAAGACUAACAGAUACAGACUUCCAUGAUGUUGUUGUCUGAUAUGGGAUUUGUUACACAGUAUAAAAUUAUUCUUAUCACUUUUGAAUUGUAGAGUCCUAUUUCAAUGUUAUGAGUCACUGUUGUUUUAAAAAUCUCAUUAUUCCAAAAUGAUAGGCAUGUACAAAAGAUGUCUAUGAUGUAAGUGGUUACUAUAAUUUACACAUCUUAAAAGUGUGUAAAUGCUCAAAUUUAAGAAUUAUUAUCAGAACCUGAAUUAACAUUCCUUUGAAUAUCUUCAUAGAUGACAAAUCUUCAUUCAAUGAAGAUUAAUUUUACUUUUCCAAAUUGCCAGGACUGGUGAAUAUAAAGGAUGAUUUAACUGGAAUACUAUUGGGGGCCAAAGUAAACAAAUGAUUAAAUUAUGAAACUCCUAUCCUUUUGAAGAGAAGCUACAAAAGAGACUUCAAAACUGCCUCUAGGCCAUUGUAGCAUCCUUAGAAAAGAUUCUCUUGAUCAUUACCUUAAAACAUUACCACUCAUUUGACGACAUAGAUUUUAUGUUAGUUAAAAAGAUCAGUUUCGUGACUUUACAGUUAUACUAUAAACUAUACAACUAUAUAGUUGUAUUUAAAGUGUUUUUAAAAAUAUUUGGAUAUGUUGAUUGGCCAAAAGUAUUUGAUUAAUAAAACAUGCAUUUAAAUAAAUCAUAAGCUUAAAUAAAUCAUAUCUUUUCAAAUAGCUAUCGAUAAGUUUUAAAGCCAAAAUAUAUAGCAAACCAUUAACUUUUAGCAAGUGAGACAUACGAUUUCCGUAUUUCUGAAUAGCAUUGAUUAUUCAUUAAAAUUAAUUUUUUUGAGAUUUGCCAUUAAAUAUUUUAUUUCAAAGACUGAAAUUUUGUACCAAGUAGAUUCAGGUUUCAUAUGCAAAUAUGUUGGUUCUCUUAUUUGAGGGUGGGGCAAAUAGAUGAGUAUUUGUAAUAAACUUUCUAAAAACCCAUAAAA